CCCUACCAGCCUGUGUAGCCUUCCUUUCUCUGAAAUAGCAGCAGCCAUGAGCAUGCUCAGGCUUCAGAAGCGGCUGGCGUCCAGCGUCUUGCGCUGUGGCAAGAAGAAGGUGUGGCUGGACCCCAACGAGACCAAUGAGAUCGCCAACGCCAACUCCCGCCAGCAGGUCCGUAAGCUGGUGAAGGACGGGCUGAUCAUCAGGAAGCCCGUGACGGUGCACUCCCGCGCCCGCUGCCGCAAGAACACGCUGGCGCGCCGCAAGGGCCGUCACAUGGGCACCGGGAAGAGGAAGGGUACGGCGAACGCCCGCAUGCCGGAGAAGCUGUCCUGGAUGAGGAGGAUGAGGAUCCUUCGCCGUCUGCUCCGCCGCUACAGGGAGUCCAAGAAGAUCGACAGGCACAUGUACCACAGCCUCUAUCUGAAGGUGAAGGGAAACGUGUUCAAGAACAAGAGGAUCCUGAUGGAGCACAUCCACAAGCUGAAGGCGGACAAGGCCCGCAAGAAGCUUCUGGCCGACCAGGCGGAGGCUCGUCGCUCCAAGACGAAGGAGGCCAGAAAGAGGCGUGAGGAGCGUCUCCAGGCCAAGAAAGAGGAGAUCAUCAAGAGCCUGUCUAAGGAGGAGGAGGCCAAGAAGUGAGCUUCCUCCAGGCGCUAAUAAAGUGUACAGAACUCCU